CGAACAUUGUAACAACCGCCGGCUGGUCACCUAGCACCCACAAUAUGAUCCAGAUCCCCGGGGCAGGGGGCGACGAAGCCCACAGCCGAGACAAAGAUGCGGCGCUGGAGGUGGUGAACAGUGAAGAGGCAGUGGAGAUCGACCCCGCGGUGGAGCGACGGGUUUUGCGCAAGAUCGACCUGUUCUUUAUGCCUGCCAUGUUGGUUGGCUAUGGGUUUGUUUACUGGGAUAAAGCCAUCCUGGGCAGCGCCUCGUUAUUCGGCAUGACCAGCGACCUGGCCCUCUCUGUGGUCGACUACAGCACUACGCCCCCGACCAAGAACACUUCGCGGCUCAGCUGGGCCACCUCCAUCUUCUAUUUCGGUAUGAUGGCCGGCCUGUACCCGAUGACGCUGGUGCUGCAACGCUUCAAGAUCCAGCACGUGCUAGGCCCGAUCGUCAUGCUGUGGGCCAUCACCUGCGCUGCCACUGCAGGCGUCACCUCGUGGCGGGGGUUGUUCGUGCAGCGCUUCUUCCUCGGCUUCGUCGAAAGCGUGGUCCCCACCGGCUUCAUGACCGUGAUCAGCGGGUACUACACGCAGAAGGAGCAGAGCCUGCGACAGGCGAUCUGGUUUUCGGGGACGGGGUGGUUCACCAUCAUCGGCGGGGCGCUCAACUACGCGUUCGGGCAGAUUAACACGGGCGCGCUGCGGCCGUGGCAAUACAUCUAUAUUUUCGCGGGUUUCCUGACCUUCCUGUUUGGCAUCUGGUGCUGCAUCCUGCCCAACUCGCCGGUGUCGGCCUGGUUCCUGACGGCGGAGGAGCGCGUGGUGGCGGUCGAGCGGCUGCGGCGCGGGCAGACGGGCGUGCGGUGCCAGACGAUCAAGAUGACGCAGAUCGUGGAGGCGUUCACGGACGUGAAGGUGUAUCUGAUUGCGGUGAUGAUGGCUGCUGCCUACACGAUCAACGGCGCGAUCUCAGGCUUCGGCCCGCUCAUCGUCUCAACCUUCGGCUACAAUACGCUGGCCUCCAUCCUCUUCCAGUUCCCCGUGGGCGCCAUCUGCAUCGUCUUCAUCCCGCUGGUCGGCUACAUCCCCACCGUCAUCCCCAACACCCGCAUCUACCUGCUCGUCGCCUGCUGCCUGCCCGUCAUCGCCGGAUGCCUCCUGAUCUGGAAAUCCACCUGGGGCUACCGCCCCGCUGCGCCCGUCAUCGGCUACGCGCUAACCGGCUUCUUCGGCCCCGUCGUCAGUCUCAUCAUCACCCUGGGCGCCAGCAAUGUCGCUGGCGCCACGAAGAAGACUAUCAUGGCGGCCACCGUGUUCGUCGCCUACACCGUCGGCAAUAUCAUUGGCCCGCAGCUGGUCAAGUCGCAGACUGUCGGGCAGCAUUAUCCGGAGUUGUGGACUGGUAUGGUCAUCUGCUAUUGCAUUGUGAUUGCCGCCGCUGGGUGUUUGUGGGUGGUGCUGUGGCGGGAGAAUCGGAGGAGGGAGCGGGCUGGGCUCGAUGAGGGCUUGAGGGAUAAGCUUGGGUUUCGGGAUUUGACCGAUAAGGAGAAUGGCUGGUUUCGCUAUGUGCUUUAGUUUCUGCGGCUGACGGGUCUUCGUUGAGCUGGAAUGCUGAAAGAAGGGGGUCCCGGGGGUUCUCCCCCGGAAUACCUUUAUAGAACUAUUUAUUUAGCCUGGGAAGCUGAAGAGAAGGGGGGUCCGGGGGUUCUCCCCCCCGGAGUACUUUAUAUACCCAGUGGUU